AUGGAUGGCAAGCUGCCGCGCUCCUCCCGCAAGCGCCCUCGCAACGAUGAGUUUGAAGAUGAGGAAUCGACGAAACGCUCCAUGCAGCAGAAGAAAGUAAGGUUUCCGAAAGGGAAGAAAGUGAAGCCAGGGGAUGAUUCCGGCACCGUCCCCGCAGCAGCUGGUCCUGAAAGGGUUGGACCUCAAGACAAGCUCGCCGACGACGCUGACGCUAGACUCGCUGCCACCGAGCGUGCGAAGCGACGUAACCAGAUCACCGCUGAACUGUUUGACGGCGAAGUCAAUGACGUCUCUGCAGCCGAGGUCACUUAUGAGGAUAAUGACAGUUUUGUUGAUGAUGGGGUUCAAAUUGAACCAUUUAAUCUUGACAGAGAGAGGGAAGAAGGUUAUUUUGAUGCUCAGGGAAAUUUUGUUGAAUAUGUCAAUGAGAAUGACUUCAAGGAUCCAUGGCUUGAUACUGCUGAAGUUGAUACAAGAUAUGCUAAUUCCAAGGUAGCUGAAGACAAUGACGAAAGUGAAGCCCCUGAAAUGUCUUCUGAUGAGACUGGACAGAUAAAGAGGCGAAUUGCAGAUUUGCUUGAACCAGGGGAAACGGUUUUACAAGCUUUGAGAAGGUUGAAGGGAACCUCAAUUGGGAAGAAGGAGAAAAUGUCAGCUGAGACACAACUUCUAUUUGACCAGCUUACUGAAGAUGCUAACAAGCUGCUGGAUAGUGGUGAAUAUGAUGUUUACCAUGAUAAGCAGGAGAUUUUUGAGCGCGAGGCAGAAGGAUAUGAGAAGUUAGCUUCUGCUAGAGGAAAAGACACAUUGAUAAAUCGGGGACAAGCGGAUCCUUACAACACAAGGACACACAUGCUUUCUGAUGUGGGAACUGUUGGAGCAUCCUCUUCUAUAGUGUCUAGUGCUGAUGCUGGUACUUCAGGCCUUAAUGGAAACAGUGUAGAAGCCUCUGAUGAUGGAGCUGAUGCAUAUGACAUGUUUGGAGAUGAAGAUGAUAACACUACUGCUAAUACAUCUGCUUGCACUGAUGCUAUCGCUACUGGCUCUGUUGCUAAUGCUGGAGGUUUGCAGAGUGAUUAUGUUUAUGAUGAAACUUCUGGUUACUACUACAGCAGCAGCUUGGGUUAUUAUUAUGACCCAAACACUGGGCUAUACUGCUCUGCGACAUCGGGGCUAUGGUACUCCUUCAACGAGGAAACCAGCACCUAUGACCUAGUCAGCGAGACCGCGCCAAAUGCUUCUUGA